AUGGGAGACUGUUGCUGUUGUAGACUUCCUCAUAGGAAUUACACUAGGAGGAUAGUGUUACUCUUGGUUGGAUUAGACAAUGCUGGUAAAACUACUGCUGCUAAAGGAUUGGCUGGAGAAUUUGUUCAAGAUGCAAUACCAACCGUUGGGUUCUCUGCAAUAAACCUUAAACAUCGAGGUUACACAGUUACCAUAUAUGAUCUAGGUGGAGGGUGUCAAAUCAGAGCGUUGUGGAAUUCAUAUUUUUGUGAUGUUCAUGGGGUGAUAUUCGUUGUGGACGCCAGUGAUAUAUCAAGGGUUGAAGAAUGUAAGCAGGAACUAGAAAAUUUACUUAGAAACGAUAAAUUGGCUGGAAAGCCUGUUUUGGUCCUGGCUAAUAAACAAGAUUUGCCUGGAGCUUUGGAUGAAAUAGAUAUCGUUGAAGCAUUGAGGCUAGAACCAUUGGUGAAUGAACAAAAAUGUUUGACUCUUGUAGAAGUUUGUUCUGCUAAACUUCCUAACUCCCGCAGGAAGAAAAUAGAUCCAAGACUUCUCAAUGGAUACAGGUGGUUGCUCGGUCAGAUCAUACGUAAUUACUACAAUUUGAACAUGAGGGUGGAGUACGACUCGAAAGAAGAAGCGCUGAGGAUAGAACAACAAAGAGCCAUUUGGAGGCAGAGAAUGCUCGAAUCGUCUGAGGAGAGCGGCAUGAUAAUCCCAGAUAGCAGUCAGAGCGGUGAUGUACGGAAAAAUCAAAACCUCAAUCUUAUCACUCAUUGGGAUAAUAGAAUUGAUACAGAUAACAGUAACUGCAGGUUACCAACUCCUACAGACUCAGAUUUUAAGAAUAUGAUUGGAGUAAUAAAAGAACAAUUUGAGAGGAAGAGUGCGAAACAAAGAAAUAAGAUGACUAUGGUCCGACGGAACAAGGUACAACCUGUCUCGACCGUCGGACUCGUAUCUCAUGCAAACUUCUUCAUGGCACACGAAGAACCGAGUCUUGCACUGCAGGCUUUGACCAGCCCGAGGUCUAGGCCUAAAGAACUGCCACCUCUUCGUUUUCCAACUCGCCCUACAACUUCCAGGUCGCUUGGUAAUGAAGGUGUAGCAUGGGAUCUUCAUAAAGAAUUAGAAGUUGUCGAUACUGUAAAGCAAGAAGUCGAUUCGGAUGAGUACGAUUCUAAUAAGAAAAGUUAA